GCCAUCAGGUUCAAAUAUUGUGUGUCAUUUACAGUACACCAUUUAUAUCUUGAAAAGAAUCCAGUCUAGUAAUUGAUUAAAUCCUAAAAAGAAUCUUAAGAACUAAAUUUAUGAUUCUAUAAAAACCCUUAAUGAACAAAAAAGAAAUGAAGUCUAAAAAAGAGAGAAGAGAGGUGUAGAAGUUAAAUUGGGUUUAAAGGAACAGCUCAUCUUCUUCUUUCCCCCGCCAAGUUCGGAUCCUUUCUUCUCUCCACCUUCUCUCCAUUUUCUUCCCUUCCAAUUUACCUCUCAAGGAGUUAACACAAACCCACCAAAUACUAAAACAAAACCAUCAAGACAAAAAACAUUUUUUAAUUCUUUUCUUAGACAUACAGAGAAAGAGACAGAGAGGGAGACACUGGGUUUGGUGUUUUUUUCUCCUUCUCUUCAUUGAAACUUGUUCUUCUUCUUUCUUGUGAGGUUUUGAUUAAAUGGGUAAUGUGACGUCAAAUGUGGCGGCCAAGUUCGCAUUCUUCCCUCCGGAGCCGGCAACAUACGGCGUAACGAAGGAUGAAGAGACCGGGAACCUAGUCUUUGCCGGAGUGUCGGCGGACAAGAACGUGGAAGUCCACCAGCUCACCACAAAGCCUGGCAACAAAGUUGUCGCCACGUUCUGGAAACACCCUUUUGCGAGAUUCACGCUUCUCUAUUCCCACGGCAAUGCCGCUGAUCUUGGCCAAAUGGUCGAGCUCUUCAUCGAGCUCCGUGCUCAUCUCCGCGUCAACAUCAUGAGUUAUGAUUAUUCGGGCUAUGGAGCUUCAACAGGAAAGCCGUCUGAAUUCAACACAUAUUAUGACAUAGAGGCAGUGUACAAUUGCUUGAGGAGCGUUUAUGAUAUCAAGCAAGAGGAGAUAAUUCUGUAUGGACAGUCUGUAGGAAGUGGUCCAACGCUACACUUGGCUUCUCGGUUGAAGAGGCUGAGAGGAGUUGUUCUUCACAGCGCCAUUCUCUCUGGAAUUAGAGUUCUGUAUCCUGUCAAAAUGACCCUCUGGUUCGAUAUAUUCAAAAACAUAGACAAGAUUCGCCAUGUCAACGCCCAAGUCCUUGUCAUACAUGGCACAAAUGAUGAGAUUGUUGAUUUGUCUCACGGUAAACGAUUGUGGGAACUGGCGAAGGAGAAGUAUGAUCCGUUAUGGGUGAAGGGAGGAGGGCAUUGCAACCUCGAGACUUACCCUGAGUACAUCAAGCACCUCAAAAAGUUCGUAAACGCAAUGGAGAAACUCUCUCUAACCAAUCCACCGACCAAACAACUAACUAAUGAGCCCAGUAUCACCGAGAUUAAGCACAAUCGGUGCUUGAAAUUCGGGAAGAGGUAGUAGCAGCAUAAUCAGAAGACAUUUGGUAUGGUAGAUUCCUUCUUUGGCAUCGCAUGGGCUUUCAACUCGGAACACUCAGAAGCUUGUUCAAAGUCAUUUCCUCAAUGUGAUCAAAACAAAUGCUAAAACACAGGGUCACAGCGGAACAGAGAUCAUCUAGGGAGGUAUUGCAAUGUAGAAUGGUGCCCUGUCUUUGGGUAUUUGCUCGAUGUUCAAUCUCCUGUAAAAAUGUAGCACCAGGUUUGGGGUUUCUGUAGCAGAUCAUUACUUGUAGGAAAAGCAACAGAGAACAAAUGUAAUCAGCAUUUUCUUCAACCCAUCUAGUGUUCCUUAGCUAGACAAAUAAGUAAAGUUCGUAUGCUACUUGGAUUAGUUAUAUCAAUUU